UAUUGGUUUAGUGCAGUUUAUUUACCUUAUAGCGGCAUACAAUGCCGAUAAAUUUUAAUAUUGGCUUGCUCGGGCAUGUUGACAGCGGCAAGACCACCUUGGCCAAGGCCUUGAGUUCAAUGUCCAGCACGGCAGCCUUCGACAAGAAUCCGCAAUCAGUGGAGCGAGGAAUAACAUUGGAUUUGGGCUUUAGUGGACUUUUGGUGGAAGCUCCCGCACAUUUACCUCAAGAAGAAAAACUUCAGUUUACCUUUGUCGAUUGCCCAGGCCAUGCAAGUCUUAUACGCACUAUUAUAGGAGGUGCCCAGAUCAUUGAUCUGAUGCUCCUUGUGGUGGACGCCCAAAAAGGCAUCCAAACCCAAACAGCAGAGUGCCUGAUUAUCGGAGAGUUGCUGCAGAAGAAGCUGAUUGUGGUGAUCAACAAAAUAGAUGUCUAUCCAGCGGACCAGAGGACGUCCAAGCUGGAAAAGCUACGCUUGCGCAUUGCAAAGACUUUGGAAGCCACCACAUUCGGAAGUCAAGUGCCCAUCUAUGAUGUGUCUGCUUUGCAAGGAACACAUAUCUCGGAGUUGCAAGAAGCACUAAGGGAAGCCUACUUCCAGCCGCAAAGAAACCUAACCCAUCCGCUGUUCAUGUACGUUGAUCAUUGCUUCGGAAUAAAAGGACAGGGAACCGUCUGCACAGGCACUUUGCUCCAGGGAAAAGUGCAGGUAAACGAUGUGAUUGAACUGCCAGCUCUUGGAGAGCAAAGGAAAGUGAAAUCCAUGCAGAUGUUCCGCAAAAACGUGACCAGCGCCUCCAUGGGCGAUCGAAUUGGCCUUUGUGUAACACAAUUCAAUGCAAAGUUAUUGGAACGCGGAAUCAUUGCCCAACCGGGCUACCUGAAACCCAUCUACGCCGUGUGCCUACAGUUGAAACCAAUCCGUUACUACAAAGAAGCCAUAAAGUCUACGAGCAAGCUGCACAUCUCAGUAGGACACAACACAGUGAUGGCCAAUGUAACCUUGUUUCGGGAUACGGACAGCACAACAUCUACGUUUCACCUGGAGAAAGAGUACGAGUAUAUGGAGGACGUCCAGCCUGCGGAGGUUCAACAGUCUGACCUGAUCUACGCUUUGUUGCAAUUCGAAACCCCUGUGCUAGCUCCUCCACAUUCAACGCUAAUUGCCUCUAAGCUCGACAUGGAUGUUCAUAGUACAAGUUGUAGACUGGCAUUUUGGGGACGCAUUUCCUGGCAGACGCAAAGUUCUAAUUACAUGACAGAAGAGCUGCCAAAACUGAGGAUUUUCAAGCGGAAACAGAAAGUGGGAAGCAUUCAGCGUGUGGUCAAUGACAACGAAGUGAUAGUUCAGAACCUUUUCAAGAAGGAGGCCAAACGUGAUUUGUACGUCGGCAAGAAUGUGGAACUUUCCACGGGAGAGAAAGGUCGCAUUGAACGAACCUUUGGCCAGACUUCCAAGGUGGCCAUAACUUUUCAGGCCGCUCUGUCUCCUGAAACAUUAAACAAUGUAAAGAAUGUAAAGGUUUUGCUUAACUGCAAGAAGUAUGUGUUCAAUAAACAGGCUGGCCUGUUUCAAUGA